AUGGGCGUCUCAGCCAAACAGCCAACGGCCAACGAGGCAAAGGCCGUCGGCCAGGAGCUCGCCAGCGUCCUGCCCAACGACGGCAUCCCCUGGUGGAAGAAGAAGCACCUCCUCCGGCUCAACUUCUGCAUCUUCUCCUUCAUGCUCUUCACCAGCUCCAACGGCUUCGACGGCUCCAUCAUGAACGGCUUCCUGGCCCUGCCCCAGUGGCGCGAGUUCAUGGGCAACCCGACGGGCGCCUGGCUCGGCCUCAUCAACGCCAUGUACUCCCUCGGCGCCGUCGUCGGCUACCCGCUCUGCGCCAUGCUCUGCAACCGCUGGGGCCGCAAGCUCGGCCUCUGGCUGAGCGUCGCCUUCGCCCUGGGCGGCACCGCCCUGCAGACCGCCGCCCCCAACAUCGCCGCCUUCAUCGCCGCCCGUUUCCUCAUGGGCGUCUCGCAGGGCCUCUCCGUCGGCGCCCCUCUGCUGAUCGCCGAGAACGCGUUCCCCACGCACCGCGGCAUCGCCUCCAGUAUCUACAACUGCGGAUGGUACAUCGGGGCCAUCGUUGCCGCCUGGGCGACUUUUGGAACCAGAAACAUGGAGGGCGACGUCUCCUGGCAGAUCCCCUCGGGCCUGAUGGCCCUGCUGCCGCUCAUGACGGUUCCCGCGCUCUUUAUGAUGGACGAGUCGCCCCGGUGGCUCGUCUCCAAGGACCGAGCCGACGAGGCGCGCGCCAACCUCGCCAAGACGCACUGCGGCGGCGACAUCAACCACCCGCUCGUCUCCUUCGAGAUGGUCGAGAUCGAGGAGACUCUCAAGGCCGAGAAGGAGGCCAACGAGACGACCUCGUGGGCCGACCUGUGGGCCACGCCCGGCAACCGCCACCGUCUCUGGAUCUGCGUUUCCCUCGGCAUCUUUGCGCAGUGGUCAGGCAACGGCGUCGUCAGUUACUACCUGGCCAUCAUCCUCGAGUCCGUCGGCAUCACAUCCGUCACCGACCAGACGCUCAUCUCGGCCUGCCUCCAGAUCUGGAACCUCAUCUGGUCCGUGGCCGCUGCCGUCUGCGUCGACAAGGUCGGCCGCAAGGCGCUCUUCAUGACCAGCGGCAUCAUCAUGCUGGUCUCCUACAUCAUCGUCACCGGCCUGUCCGGCAGCUUCGACGCCACCAAGCACGGCCCGACCGGUCUCGCAGUCGUCCCGUUCCUGUUCAUUUACUUCCUCGGCUACGAUCUCGCCCUCACGCCGCUCGUCAUCUCGUACCCGGUCGAGAUCUGGCCCUACCAGCUACGCGCCCGCGGGCUCGCGACCUGCCAGAUGGUCUCCCUCGCCGCCAUCUUCUUCAACACCUUCAUCAACCCCAUCGCGCUCGACGCCAUCCAGUGGAAGUACUACUUCGUCUUCGUGGCCAUCCUCGUCGCGAUGCUCUUCUCGGUCUGGUUCACGUACCCGGAGACGCGCGGCCGCACCCUCGAGACCAUCGCCUGGCUCUUCGACAAGGAGCACGCCAACGUCGGCAUCGUCUUGGCCGAGGACAAGCUGGAGGGCACCGAGAUGCACAUUGAGGACUCGUCACCGGAAGAGUCUCACAAUGAGAAGGGAGCCCGUUCGUAG